ACACCAUUCAAAGCUGACAAGCACACACCUUCUACUGCACACCUUAUAUUAAAACACAAUCUGUCUCUACUUGCUACAUCAACAUGCCUACCUACAAGUUGACAUACUUCAAUGGCCGUGGAUUCGGGGAAAUAACCAGAAUGAUAUUUAAACAGGCUGGAGUUGAAUUUGAAGAUGUCAGGCUAGAGCGAGAUGAGUGGACAAAAAUGAAAGAAAAGGGAGGCACUCCAUUUGGUCAACUCCCCAUAUUGGAGGUAGAUGGCAAAGUACUCAGUCAGAGCUUGGCUAUAGCAAGAUUUGCUGCCAGAGAAACAGGUCUGCAAGGAAAGACAAGCUUUGAUCAAGCAAUUGCUGAAUCUGCAGUUGAAGCUGUAUCUGAAGUAUUUAGAGCGCAAAUAACAGCCCAUUUUGAAAAAGAUGAAGCUAAAAAGGCAGUACUUCAGGAAAAGUUUAAUACAGAAACGAGACCUGCAUUUCAUAGUAAUAUGAGCAAGCUCAUUGCUGGUGAUUGGAUUGUAGGCAAUAGUGUAACAUGGGCAGACCUACUUCUGUUAAAUUACUUCGAUGCUCUGCCAGAGGAGAUUAAAAAUGAAAUAAGGAAAUCAUAUCCAAAAUUUGCAAAGGUUGUGGACAAUGUAGCUGCUCUACCUAAUAUUGCCAAGUGGGUUAAAGAACGCCCAGUAACAGAAUUUUAAAGAUCCAGAAAUAUCACAAUCUGAAAACAGGCAGCUAGGCUACACAAUUAAUAGACAAUGACAUUGAUAUUGAUAUCAAUUACUGUCUGAAUAAUGGCUAGAGAAUCUCAUAGAUGUUUCAUUACAGCCUAUAAUUUCUAAUUGUCAUCUAUGCUCUGUUUAUGUUAUACUUGUAAGAGUACUCAUAUGACGGUAACAAAUAUUUAUGUAUCUAUUUAGAAAUAAAAAUAUAUUUACGCAUUUAAGUAAAAUGUUUAGUUGCAAACCAGUCACAAUCCUGAGCCAACCUUUUUGUUAAAUUGCUAAAUAAAAUUCACAUCAACAUUAUGUUAAACAAGACAUUAAGAUAAAAAAUGACACCACCUGUCAAUUAUUACAGAGGCCAAUCGCCAAACAAAGUUACAGAUGCUGAAUGUUGUUACUGACCCCAUACUGAACACCAUUCACAAAAAAAGUUGAAGACUAUAUGUAACCACUUCUAUUGGUAAAAUAAAAACCUUCUGAAAUUGAUUUAUAAGGAGGUUUAAAACAAUCCAUUUGGAAAAAAAGUAAUAAAUCAAGGUUGAACUGACUUUAGUGUUUCUGGCCAGACAAAAACACCAUCUACCUGUCUAUCUGCUGUAUAUAGAAACUGAUAUAUCACACUGGUUUUAAAAUAAGCAGAAUAAGAUUUAAUUGCAUGAAACAACUUUAUGAUAUAAAGUGAUCUUUCACAAAAUCUGAUCAAAAAAACAAAAUUGUCUAUCAAGCUUAGCUGCAACCUACUUAUGAGCAAAUUUUGAAUUUGCAAGUAUAUUCAUAUACAACAAGAAAAUGCCACCACCUAGUUCGUCACAAUAUUGUGAGUUCAAAUCUUAAAUCAGAUUUAAGAAAUUGUUACAGACAAUGUAUGCCAGACACCAAUCGCCAAAGUUGGAGACAUCAUAUGACAUCAUAUGGACAUGUAAUCUAUGGAAGUUAUCUAUCAUGAACCAGUGAACACUUUAUUAACUUGAGAUAUGUAUAGCAAAUACCAUGUGAAAAAUAAAUUGCCAUCAUAUGUGUGAAAAAUGCAGUGCUAAUGAUUUCCAGUUGGCUGCCAUCUUUAUUUCACACAGGAAGUGAUCGCGAAAAUACAAUCAGAAUAUAUUUACCUCACCUGGGCUUAUCAGAUUGCUAGGGAUUUAACAAUCAUUG